AUGGUCAUUGGCCUCCUCGCCGUCACGGCCAUUCCCACCGUCACAGGCGUCUCGCUGGGCGUCGUCGAACAACGCAAGCAAAAUACUCGCAUGGAAGAUGAGAAACGCAUGGCCAAGUUCCACAUAGAUGUUUUCUGUGAGGGAAAUUCAGAGAAAGCAAUGAGAUUAAAUAGAAGGCGAGGUGUAUUGAGGGAUAAUAAGGUCUAUAUUGAUCACGCAGAUCCUAGCCUUCGCAAACAGACUGCACAUACUGCUGCUGCAUUCUAUAUUGGAUAUCCCGAUGACAAUCAAAAGCGAGGGGAUGGACUUGUCAGUACCAUAUCCGACAACCCGCCAAUGCUGAAUUGGAUAUAUGUCGAUAAGAAUACCAUGGAAUUGAAAUAUGGGAAUCGCACACAGAGCAUAGAGCAUAUUGUCGGUCACUGGGAUUGGACUGAAGAUGAGGCCGGUGUCAUUUUAGACAAGAAAGAAUUAUGGGUCGCGGUCGAGGAGGAAGAUGAUGUCUGGGCGUUGUAUUAUGAUCAAAACAGCGAUGGAUUGACAGGCUUUGUUGAUCCGGAAAAGACGGUCGUUGAGAUUAGUAUCUGCAGAAAUCUCAUAGACAAGCCGGAAGGUGGGAACAAUAGUGACCAGAAUCAAACGUGA